AUGGAACAAAUAAAAAUCGAUGGACUGGAGGAUUUUUCGAGAAAGCGAGAGAGCGUAAGUUAUUGAAAAAAUAAAAUUUCAAACAGUUUUCGGGUUUAAUUGGUAAUUUCCAGAAAAAUACAAAUAAGAAGUGCCUUUUCACUCGAAAAACGCAUUAUGUUUCAGAGUAACCGCAAAAAUCGUUUCGGCGAAGAACAAAAAAGCGCAGAAGUGGACAUAAACGCAUUUUUCGACGACAAUACCAUGUCAUCCAGCUCCUUAAACGACGAUUUGUCCGCUCUGGACUCCCCGGACUCGGCACCAUCCGAAAACGAUUAA